AUGCCGCAAGUCGAGGCUCGCUUGCUCCGCGCUGGUAAAACACGAUCUAAUUUCCUGGGAAGAUAUCAAUUGUCCUCUGCUUGUCCCAACGGUAUUCCAAUUAAUUCUCUUGAAGCUAUGCAAGAUAUAGUGCAGUCGUCAACAAACCAUGCUUCUGACGCUUUGGAGUUUCUUGACGGACUGCUUGGAGGUGGGAGCUCCUGGCAUGGAUGGAAAUUGCACAAAUUAGGGCCACCGAAGAAGGACAAAAAUGAUUGUGAGAAUUUCGACUUUAUAGUCGUGCGCGAAAAGGAUGUUUUGCCUAAUUAUGAAGAAGCCAACAGCAGUACGAGAGCUGCGUCGACUAUGGCAAGCGACGUUGCUGGUAAAUCAGUUGCAGAUAAAUGA